GAUGGUGUCCCACUUACAAUUCGUGGAUGAUACGAUCUUUUUUGGUGAGGCAUCAAAAGACAACAUAUGGAUAGUUAAAUGCAUCAUGAGAACUUUCGAAUUGGUCUCGAGACUGAAAAUUAAUUAUGGGAAGAGUCAGUUAAUGGGUGUCGAAGUGGAGGACGAUUGGAAAGAGAGAAUGGCUUACAAGUUAUGCUGCAAAGAAGAAGAGUUCCCAUUCAAAUAUCUGGGAAUCCCUAUUGGUGGGAAUCAUAGAAAGCUAGCAAUGUGGCAACCAUUGGUGGAUUCUUUUAAAAGGAAACUAGCUAGCUGGAAAGGUAAAAAGAAAGAUUGCUACCAACUGGGCACUGAGUAUAAUGGAACAUGGAAAUGGAACCUCACAUGGAGAAAAACUUUGUUUCAAUGGGAAGAAGACGCUGCUAUGGAAAUCUAUAGGACGAUAGAGGAUGUGAAGAUCUCUCCAGGACGUCUAGACAAAUGGGAAUGGAUACACAGCAAAGAUGGCCAGUACUCAACUACAACGGCUUAUUCAGUAUUAACAAAAGAAAGGAGGGGACUAGAUGGAGCAAAAAUCUUCAAGAGAGUUUGGAAUCCUAUCUUCCCGAGCAAAAUUGCUACGUUCAACUGGAAAGUAGUGUUGGAUAGAAUCCCAAUGAAGCUAAACUUGUUCAAGAGAGGAAUUAUUAAAGAUAUGAGAGAAGGGAAGUGCACUUUGUGUGAAGUACAGGACGAGGACACUAACCAUUUGUUUUUGAAUUGCAAAAUAGCUAGAUGGCUAUGGUCGGCAUGUGCUAGAUGGUGGGGGAUUACCAUAACAAUAGACAAUGACUGUUGGAAAACGUUUGAGAAUUUUGGGGCAUGGUCCAAAGACCCACGCACCAUUGAAGGUUGGGACUGCAUCUAGAACACAAUGAUAUGGUCUGUGUGGCUUGCAAGAAACCAAAAGAUUCUCCACAACUCGGAGGUGAGUAAGGGCAAGCUAUUUGAACUUAUUCAAAUGAGAUCCUUUGUAUGGAUUAAGGCAAAGAAAGCCAAGUGUUAUUU